AUGGCCAACACGGGUUAUACGUCGCCCUUCCCAACCUCCCAUGACACUAUUGGGCAGUCAACCUUAGUGACGCCUCUGUUUAUGCCUUCGUCCCCUCCACAGAAUUUGUCCAGCCCCCCGGACUCCCCGCUCCCCGCCGAGACUCCCACGACCGAGCGCGUCGCAGCGAAAGAGAACGACCAACGCCAUGCCAGCGACGAUGAACAUCAUUCAGACAAUGAAGCGCAGAACAUUUCACGUCCCGCGACUCCGGGAAGCCCAACCGGCUCAGAUCUAGAUGCGCGACUUGCCGAUUACACCUUGGAUUUUAGCAAUUUCCCCAGUGGCCAUUUUGCUUUAGAAGGGAAUGAGGAAACCUUGCCGCCGUUUCAUAAGGACAUCGAAGAUAAGCUAUCUGAUGUCGGGGGCCCGGAAGACUUUACUGCAAACUUAGAGAAAUAUUUAAUGGGCGACCUUGAAGGAGAAAUCCACGAAGACGACGACGCUGAAGUGCAGUACGGAUCAUUGCGACGGUCAUUCCGGAAAUCAAAACAACCUGCAAUUGAGGAAGACGCGGAUUCGGGUGAAUACAGUGAAUUCGAGCCACCAGUGGACAUGUCGACUCCCUCGCAUUUGUUGCGCAGAAUGAGCACUCUCCCCAAAGAUUCAACGCAUCUUGAGGAUAUCGAAGAAUACCCGGAUGAUGACGAGUCUGAGCAUAAAGAGCAGCCCUCGCCUUCUGUUCGCAAGCCCUCCAUUGCGUCAAGCAAUGGAGCAAACGAGCGUGAAGCUUUGCGCCAACAAAUUGAACAAUUGGAACAAACCGUGAGGGAACGAGACAAUCAAUUGCAACAGAAUCGCAAACGUGUACUUGAGGCUGUUUCAGCUGGCGAGCAGAUUCGUCACCUCCAGACAGAGUUGCAGCAAAAGACUGCUCUCCUAGACGAGGUGCAUGCCAAAGGCAGCGACGAGGCAAUGCUCCGUGAGCAGAUCCGGUCACUUCAAAAGCAGAAUGAGGAGCGUGCAAAAAUGCUGCACCAGUCUAACAUGGGCGGCGCGGAUCUCAAUGCCCUUUUAGAGCAAAUUCGGGAGAUGCAACAACAGCUUCACAACCGUGAUUCGCAGAGUGCCUUGGACACCGAGCGAUUGGAAACAAUUGCCCACUUGCGUCAACAACUUACUAUUUCUCAAGAGCAAUUGAAAACACGGGAUGCUACUCUCGAUGAAACAUUUUCUAAGCUCAAGGAAAUUACUCGGGACAGGGAUGCGCAAUUGCAGGAGAAAAACUCAGAGAUCGAUCAACUACAGGCUCAGAUUGAUGAUUACGGCCUAGAAAAUGAGAAGCUCGAGACAGAGCUGGAGCGUGCCCACAAUAAUUUCCAGGUCUUGGAAGAACGUUUUAUCACCUUAGAGGACAGAAAUCGGCCAUUAGAAGAGAAAAACACCACGCUUGAGGCGAAUCUUACUCGUGUUCAGUCACAAAUUGAGGCCCAGGAAAGUGCUCUGAAAGCUGCGGCUGCAGAUUUGCCUAUUACCGGGCACAGCACCUACAGCGAGAUUCUUGACUUGAUCAAAGAUCUGGGACAUGGAGAUGUGGACCCCGUGGACGGUGCAUUCGCAAGCGUGUCACAGCCGAAGGACAAGCUCACCGAGGUCCAAGCUGUCCAGGAAUUACAACAAUCACAACAAGAGGAGAUUGCACGACUCCAACAGGAACUGCAGGAGACAUCAGCUGCACAAAAAGCCGCAGAUGCCGAAACAGACCGUCUCCGUGCUCAGUCUACCGAAACCCAAUCUCUCAUCAAGACCAUUGAGACAGAAAACCUGCGACUCUCCAAUAGGGUAGAGGAGCUGACAACAGCCCUCAACAAAUCCCAGCACGAUCUGACCCAGACAAGAGAAGACCACGCUGAGUCCCUGGAGACAAUCGCCCGCCUACAAGAAGAUAAGCUUGCCGAACCAUCCAUCCCGCCCCCAGCAGCCCCAGAAACAAGAGAACACAACAUCGCCGCACUGGAAGCAAACCACCAAAGCCAACUUCGCAGCCUCCAAACAGCGCACUCAACGGCAGUCUCCACCCUCCGCGCCUCACACGCCGAAUCAAUGCGCAAAAUCCGCAACCUUCUCACAGCAGCCGAACAACGCGAAUCAGACCUCCGCACCGAACUAGCAACCCUCCGCUCAACAUCCACAAACCAAGAAACACACCUACGCAAAGCCUUCAAAUCAGAACUGAAACGACUGGAAGCUGUCAUCGCCACAAAGGAUGAAACAGCCGCUGCGGUCGAUCAGCGCAUUGCGCUAUCAGUCGAUAAGCGCGAGCGGGAAUGGGAGCGGCGCGUCGAUCUCCUCCUUAAGGAACGGGAUCGCAUGGCUAAGGCUCUUAUGAUGACUUGGGGUGAAAAGGAACUAGGUCGUGGGCCUGGGCCUCUCGCUGAGGGGAAGGAGAAUCGUCGGAGAGAUGGUGAGGGGAAGAGUGGACAGGCUUAUCGGUAUAAGUAUGUUCAGAAGCAAAAGUCGAGGAGUGGGGAGGCUAAGGCUUAG